AUGGUUCGAGAUGCGGAUGGGUUUAAAUUGUGGUAUUCAGGACGUGAGAGGGGUAAGAACAUAGUAGGUAUCUUUAUUGAUAGGGAUCUUAUGGAUCUAGUCAUAGAAGGUACGAGGGUGAGUGACAGGUUGAUGGCUAGUAAGCUGGAUGUGGGAGGGUUUACUUUAAAUGUGAUUAGUGCUUACGCACCUCAAGUGGGUUUGGAUGAGGAGGUUAAAAGGCAUUUCUGGGAAUACCUUGACGGGUUGGUCUAUGGAAUUCCGCACAACGAGAAGUUAUUCAUAGGAGGAGAUUUCAAUAGCCACAUUGGGGCGACCUCUGGGUGUUAUGACGGUGUGCAUGGUGACUUUGCCUUUGGAGUUAGGAACGGAGGUGGUACUUCGCUGUUGGACAGUGCUAAAGUCUUUGAUUUGGUGAUUGCUAACUCAUAUUUUCAAAAGAGGGAAGAGCACUUGGUCACCUUCCAGAGUUCGUUUGCCAAGACUCAAAUUGAUUUACUACUCCCCCAGAAGUGUGAUAGGGGUCUGUGUAUGGAUUGCAAGGUUAUACCAAGCGAGAAUCUAAUGACUCAGCAUAGGUUAUUGGUGAUGGACUUAGAGAUCAUGAAGAAGAGGAAGAAGAUGGCUGUGUAUGGUCAACCUAGGAUCAGAUGGGGUAUUUGGACUUAUGACAAAGAACAGGAGUUGGGGCAGAAAGUGCUAGCUAUGGGAGCCUGGAGGAGAAGUAGGGACAUGAGCUGUAUGUAG